UUCUAAAAAUAUUGACAUAAUACGAAUGGUUGUAAUCAUGUAUUCUUAUAUUGAGAUUUUUUUAGCAUAUAAUAAGUUUACUAUAUUUUCUCAUUAAAAUGGUUGCAUGUCAAAUAUUUUAUUUUUUUGUAUUUUGGUUAAAUUAUUCUACAGCGUUAGAAUACAUUGAGUUAAAUUGUAACUUUACUAAGUAUAUUUUGAAUUAUUUUAAACAUAAUGAAAAGUACUUGUUAAAAUUAGAAGAAGACAAAACAAAUAUUUCAAUAAAUGAUUUAAAAAUGUAUGGAAAAUCUAUACAAUCUCACGGCGAAAUUGUGAUUGCUAUGUUAGAAGCUCUAAGAUCCGAAGAUAAAGUAAAUUAUCCAUUCGAAUUAAUGGAUGUAAAUUUAUACUUGAAUAACGUUUCAGGAUCUGUAGAGAUGAGCUAUAUAAAUAAAAGUGGUAAAUUUGAUCAAUUAAAUGGAAAAUUAAAUUUACUAGAAGGGUUUUUGAUGAUUCAUAAAGCAAUGGUAAAACGAAUUGAAAAUUUUAUGAAUACUAUUUGUUCUUAUGUAUCUUUUGAUGAAGUAUUUACGAAUUGUCCAGAUUUUAAUGAAAAGAAAGAUUAUAGAAUUCAAUUUCUCCCUGGAGUUGUAGAAAAACUAAAAAAUAGAUUAACUAAUAAUGACUUGAGACUCAAAGAUGAAAGAUUAAUAUUAAAUAAUAGUGAAAUAUUUAAAUUAUUUGAAUUAGCAUUGGAAAAUGAUUCUCGCUGGGAUUUUCAUCCGAAAAAUUUGUUAUACUACGAUUUAAUGAUGGGACAGCAAAAAUUUGAUGAACGAAAUCUCAUGUCAGGUGUACAAUAUAGAAAAUUACCAGAAGUAAAAGAUCAUAGAGCCGUUAACGUAAUGGACUAUUUUAAAUUUGCACCACUUCAAUAUCAGUGUCCUGAUGGGUCUUUUUUGACACUUUUUGACGUAUUUCGUUACAUGAAAUACAAUUUCGAUUCGAAACAGUUACAAGGAUUUCAAGAACUAGUGCUAGCGUCAACUAUUCGGCCAGUUUUAUUACUAGUCCGUAUGUAUGCUUUAUUUUUAAGGAAGUUUAAUCUUUUUUUCAAAUCUAAUAAGAAUAAAACAAAUAGAAAAAAUCUAAAUGAAAUCCGAGACAACAUGUCAAAUAUUGGUGCUAUAAUAAUUACACAAAUUGAAGAUUUUAACAAUCUAAAUCUAUUUAAAAUAAUACCGAAAACCUAUUUAGAUAAUCUUUGUAGAGCUAUGCGUAAUAUUUUCAAGAGAAAACAUUCUCAGCCAUAUGUUGUCAUGGUAGAUAACAUUAUGAAAUAUACAAAAGACUUUUUUGAUAAAAAUAAAUUAAAUAAAUAUAUAGGUAUUAUAGUAGAUAUAAAUAUUACUGAUGACAAUGUUGAUAAAUUCUAUAACGAGUUCGCCCAACUUGUUAAUGUAAAGUCAACAUACUUAACUGAAUUGGAGAAAUACAAGGCGUCGUUUAAUACAGUAAAUAAAACACGAAAUAUAAAUGACUUUUUCUUUAAACAAAUCAGUAACGAGUUAUUCAAAUCCAAGUCAGAUAUAUUAAAUCGCUUAUGCAGCCAAAAUAUAUACACUGAAAUAUAUAAUAUGGAGAGUUCUGAAUCUAUCGAUGAUAAAAAAACAAACAUUAAUUAUCUGAAUGCUGAAGAUUCGUCAAAACUUUAUUUUCCACUGCCAAAAUAUAUGGGUGACUACAUACUUUUUAUUUAAUAUUCAUAUGUAAAUUUUGUUGCAAUGUUGUUGUAAUUUUGUUUAUAUUAUUUUUAUUAACCAAUUAUGCGUAUGUAUGAAAAUUAAUGUUAUUAUAAAGUUAAAUGUCAAUGUUAACGCAAAGAAAUCAAAUUAUCUACAUUUUUAGAGUUAUAAAUAAAAUUUUUAAUUAUGGGCAACUUGAUUUAUUUAGUAU